AAGUGAUAGGAGGGAGGCUACAGCCAGCGAGCUCCGACUCCUAGCGGGCUGCGGAGGAUGUCGACCCCGCUGUGGGGACAGUCUCCGGGCGGGCUGCUUGUGUCUAGUCGGCUGUUCCUCGCCAAGUCGCUCUGCACCUGCAGCCCUCUGCACCAUGAAGCCCCCGCUGAUGAAGCCCCGAACUGCCAGAGUGAGGCGGAAAGUGGCUGGAGACAGAGAGCAUGUACUGGCGCGUCGGGUUUGCCUGGACGCGGUCUUGUGUGGUUGAUCUUGCCCAGAACCAGAGCUUCACCUCCGGCCUGCUGGACUCCGAUGAGCUGCUCUCGUUUUAUGGGUACAUCAUCGCCUACCCACUGCAGGACUACGGCGGGAUCAUGUCAGCUUUGGGCUCGGACUCGUGGUGGCGGAAGACGCUAUAUUUGACUGGAGGGGCUCUGCUCGCUGCCGCUGCUUAUCUGCUGCACGAAUUGCUGGCAAUCAGAAAGGAGGAAGAGCUGGACUCUAAAGAUGCCAUCAUACUCCACCAGUUCUCCAGGCCCAAAACUGGCGUCCCAUCCCUGUCCCCUUUCUGCCUUAAGGUGGAGACCUACCUCCGUAUGGUUGACCUGCCCUACCAGAACUACUUUGACGGGAAGCUUUCACCACAGGGAAAGAUGCCGUGGAUUGAGUACAACCAGGAGCAGGUGUUUGGUACCGAAUUCAUCAUAGACUUCCUGGAGGAGAGGCUGGGCGCGAGCCUCAACAAGAGCCUGACGCCGCAGGAGAAGGCCAUGUCUCGCGCCAUCACAAAAAUGGUGGAGGAGCAUUUCUACUGGACCAUAGCUUACUGUCAGUGGGUGGACAACCUGGAGGAGACCCAGAAGAUGCUGUCAGUGAGCGGGCCGCUGAGCGACCUGCUUAAGUGGAUCCUGAGUCACCUGACUGGCGGGAUCGUCAAGAGGGAGAUGUACGGGCACGGGAUCGGACGGUUCUCUGAGGACGAGGUUUACGCCCUGAUGGAGAAGGACAUGCGCACCCUGGCCACUCUACUAGGUGAUAAGAAGUAUCUUAUGGGCUCUAAGCUCUCAACAGUAGACGCUGCAGUGUUCAGCCACCUGGCCCCUGCUAUGUGGACGCUACCAGGAACACGACCGGAACAUCUGAUUAAAGGUGAGCUCAUCAACCUGGCCAUGUACUGCGAGCGCAUCCGCCGGCGAUUCUGGCCCGAGUGGUUCGUGGACCUGGAGGACUUCUGCUACAGCGACAGCUCAGAGGACAGCGGCUUGCCCUCUAAACUCCCUGAUCUGGGCCUCUACUCCCGCACGGACACCUUCCAGGACGAUGCACACACACACACACACACGUCAGACACGCACUCGCCAAAGGACCCUCUGUCGCCCGACAGCGACCCAACAGGCCUCUCGCUGUAUGACUCUGACAUGGACACAGAGUGCUCUGAAAUAGACAAGUGUUGACAAAACAUCCACGUGUAGUAACACCGCACAUCGUACGCACACCACAGGAGGGAGCUGCGUCCCACCUGUACACAUGCCCCACCACCUCUUUGAACAGAACAUAUCUGGGGAGGUAGUGUUGGUGUCUCCUGUGUCAGUGGAGAAGUUGAGGACGUUGAGGUCUAACUUGCACGCUGUAGUGGAGGAAUCAUUGAAAAAGGAGAGAAGAAGAAAGCUGAGAAGUUUGCAGUGGAGGGAAAGAGAAGAAGAACAAGAUUCAAAAACCAGGAGUAAAUGACGCUCCUGCUGAGAAACUCCUCCACGCGGUCGACAUCAUCUGCAGUCACAACUUCCACCUGUCGCCGCGUCGCCGUAACCAUGGCAACACAGUGUGUGCGUGACCCCCCCCCACCGUCCCUCGUAGCAACUUGCACCGCCCAGCCUUGUGUGUGUUUUGACUAACCCUUAACGCCUUGUACUGAUAUGACAUCGACACGUAGGGAGCUGUACAGGGAUUCAUGUGAAUGAAUGCAAGUCAGUGUAAAUAUAUAAAUGGAUCAGAUUUAAUAGAUAGAUUAUAUAUGAGUAUAAAUAGUAUAGAUAGCCUGCAUAUAUAGAAUCACCCCCUCUGUCAUAUGGUGUAAAUACUGUAGGUGUUUCUUCUCUGUGUUGGACACAAUGACUCAAAUCGUCUCGUAGUAGUCUCCAUGAAUACACUCUGCUGGUCCAGGAUCAGUAUGAUGACCUCCUGUGCUAUGUGUACAGUAAUGCCUGCUGCCCAUAUUUAAAUAGUGCAGGGAAAAGUUAAUGGAAGAUAAUGGAUAGGAAACUGCAAUCUGCCAUUACCACUUAUCUUUUGUCUUAUUAAGACAAUUAUUUUACCAAAAAAAACAGCAGCAUUUUUUCCCCACGUAAGAAUCAUAAUGUUACAACACACAUUGUCAGGAAUGUCAUUGAGGACAGUAGCUUUAGGUUAAAAAGACAUUUUACCUGCAUUCAAGCAUUGAGAGCGAGUCAUACAAUCAUCGAAAUAGAUGUAAUAGAUAGCCUGAAGGAAAGUGCAUAGCUGCUACGUGCCGAUAAAAACUCCCUUUACACUUCACAUAGAUGAUGCUAUCUACAUUGGUUUGUUGGCUUAUUCCUUCAGUUUAAUGAUGCAGUUUGUUCGUCGGUGCCUCAGAUGUAGCCUAUUGAUCCUGAAGAAGGACUUUUUCUCUUUCUUUCAGCAGUUGUUUUUGGGAUGGAUACUGGAUUGCUCAGAAAACCUGAUGUGAAGCAAUAACGGGUUAAUGUUAUGCUAGGCUGUGAGGUGUUUGGGGUGUGUGAUGCCUCGGCGCAAGUUUUAUGUGUGUUUGUCACUCAGCAAAUGCACAUACCAACAUGUUGUGUGUUAAGGCUACUAAUAUUGAUGCAAGCGAGGGGUAUACAGUAUGUAUGCUUGUGAAUCACCCUCUGUGUGUGGAUGACGGCACACUGGUGACGUUUCACAGCCGAAUCCUUUCCUCCCUAACACGCCUUCUUGUUAGGUGGUAGAACUUACUUUGCAAGCGGAUCCAUUGGAAUGAAUUGAAAUCACUGCAAAAAUUCUGCCGCUUUAAAUGCCAGUGUGACCAGGCCUUAAUGCAGAUAUAUAGUAUUUGUAUUGUGAGAAAGCACAGUAACGCCAAAAAUAUGUUAUGUCAUUUAGAAACUGUCUCCAUUACAUCGUUUGUCCUCUAGAGGGCACUGAUAAGUUUGUUUCAACUGCGAAAUGUCACAUGCUCAUUACACAUCUUAGUUGCAAUUCUUUUAUAACCAAAUUGAGGCCAAAAUAUUGUUUACAGAUCUUUUUUAAAUCUAAAAUCUAGCAUCAGUCAGGCUCUCCUUGAAAUGUAUAAUAAGUACGUAAAUACGUAGCAUUUAUAUGUAGCGGUGUUGUGAAAUAAGUAAGACGUCAGCGUAUUGCUGCCAUGCCAGAAAAAUAAAAAUGGAUAGAGUGUGACGUUAUUAAGUGAAAUGUUUAUUGUGAUAACAAAAUGUUUAAAAAAAGAUAUUUCCACUUUAUUAAGACAAACACUUAUCACGUUAUAAUAAGAAAUGUUAUAUAACAAGAUAAAUAGUAUAUUGGUAUAACAAGAAAAGUGUUAUGACGUGAAAAAACAUUUUGUUCCAACAAAAGACUUUUCACGAUGCAACGCGACACUGAUUCUUUUCUUUUUCUGGCGUGGCAGAAAUAUUCUUCCGUAAAUGUGAUCCUGGUGUAAUUUGUUUAAGUAAGAUGUCGAUGAUGGUAAAGAAUAUAAUGACAGCAAAGAUCACCAUUUUCCUCUGUGUGGCUCCUUCACUUUAAGACAUUCUGGGUUCUCUGUUUAACAAAGUAAUGUCGAAAACAUCAAUAAGUUUGGCUUCAAAUCAAAGCCUUUAGCAGGAAGAUGGUGAAGCCUUUAUGUGUGUGUGCUGCAGAGGAAUUUAAAUACAAUAAUAUAGUCUGAAAAUGAACUGAAAAUUACAUUCUGUGUCUUAAAAAACCCUCGCCUGCAUGUUCUUGCUUUCUGUCAUCAUUAGUCAGAUUAUGGAACCUGACUCCUAAAGCUCCUUUACUUUAUAUCAGUGCCAGCAUAUGACUUAUGUUUUUAUAUGUCAUAUUUAUUUGGUCUAUUCUGUGUUUAUAUUUAUUGAUUUUUACGGUGGUUGUGUUUGAAUUUAAGAAACAAUAAUAUUGUGAAUUGUUUUGCACUUUUCUUCUGUUUACACAUGUUUUUCUUCUACGGCCGAGAGUCAAUCGAGUGUAUUGAUCCGUCUGUUAGUGCAAUACUGUAGAUUCUCUGACUUCUACUGAACGAGCUGCAUAUUUUCACGUUGCCAGUCAUUGCCGUAAUCGCAUGCGUGUCCAUGUUUCGAGCUGUCACGUGGUAAAUGUUAUACUCAUAUCAUGAUAUCGAUGUCAUUGUGUUCGAAUAUUACAGUCCCUCAUUCUGCUGCAAAUCUCACUGUCAAAAGUAGAACGUUUUACUCUGCAGAGCUUCAUGUCCAGUUGAAUCCAUAAAAAAAACCAUGAAAGAUUGAGGUGAAAUACCAAACUGACUGCUGGAGCUCAGAUCAGCAUGGUGAGGUCAGCGUUUGCUGAUCAGCUGAUGAUCAGUGGACCUAUAACAGGAUCAAAUCUGUGUCUGUGGGCAACUUCAUCUGUCUCAGUGUUCCUAAGCAGUCAAAGGUCAGAGGUCUGGGUUCAGCCCUACAGUGUGUGUCACUCUCAUCGAGAUGUCUGCUUGUAGACUGUAGAAGCCAUAUUGUCUCGUGGUGCCGUGUGUGCUGAAACACCUGUGGAAUCUCAUCAACUGUAAAUAAGAGAACCAGGGGGGAAAAAAAGUCUAAUUUAAAACGCAAACAUGCAAAUAAAUAGCUCUGUACUCCAUUUAAAAAAAAAGAUUCUUAUGAAUGUAUCAUAUCUAGAGAUAAAAAGCUGUAUGACAAUGGAUUACUCAUAAUACUUCAUUAAAUAUUGCUGUGGUAUUUUCCUCUC